AUGUUCUAAUAAAAUUUAUUUGAAAAAGAAGUUUAUUAUUCACGACAAGCAGCUGCAUUGGGAAUGGAUACAUAAUAAAAAUUAGGAUAAUUAGAUUGCUUUAUUUAUGGAUUAAGAGGAGUAUGAAUUAGUAUAAAGUAGUUGGGAAUAGAGAUUGCUAGAAAUUUAAUAUUGAUGGGUUUGAAAAGAGUGAUUAUUUAUGAUAAAACAGUUCUAUCUAUUUCUGAUCUGGGCACAAAUGUUUAUGGGAAAUUUGAUUAAGUUAAUAAAAUUACAAGAGAGUAAGUUGUGAUACAAUCUUUAAAAAAUUUAAAUGAAAAUGUGAUUGUAGAUAUAUAUGAUGGAAUAAUAAAUGGAGAGAAUUUAAAAUAGUUUUCUAUUGUCGUUAUGACAGAUAUAUGGAAUUAGAAUUUAAUUUAAGAGAUUAAUGAAGCAACAAGAUAAUAGGGAAAUGGAUUUAUUUUAGCUCAUUCUUCAGGAUUGUUUGGAUCAAUAUUUGUAGAUUUUUCAGAUGUAUAAUAAAUCAAUAUAAAUUAUUAUUAGAAUUUUAUAAUUGAAGAUAACAACGGUGAAAAAUGCAAAGAAUUUUUUAUAGAAGAAAUAAAAAGAGAUUAAAAAGGAAUAGUUCAUACAAUAGAUAGAUGUACUAAUCUAUAAGAUGGAGAUUAUGUUAAAUUUAAAGAAGUGUUAGGUAUGACUGAAGUUAAUGAUAAAGUUUUUAAGAUAAAUGUAAUUUAUUAAUAUUAAAAUUAAGACUUUUUCUUCUCAUUAAUUUAGUAUUGGUGAUACAACAAAGUUUUCAGAAUAUUAAAGAUAAGGAAAAGCAAUAUAAGUAAAGAUUCCUGAAACAAUAUCAUUUAAAUCAUAUAAAAAUAUGUUAUAAGGAAAUCAAGAUAAUUUAGAUAAAACUCAUUAAUUAUAAAUUGCAUAUAAUUCAAUUUUAACUUUUAUGAAUUAAAAUACUCGAAUACCAAAUCUAUUGGAUGAAAAUGAUGCAAAUUAAGUAUUAGAAUUAGCAUAAUAAAUAACACAAUAAUUAGAUAUUCAAUUAAUUAAAAAUAUUUCACUUUAUUUAUAAACUUAAAUUGCACCAUUAACAUCUUUUUGGGGUGGAAUAGUUGCAUUUGAAGUUAUUAAAUAUACAGGGAAAUUCACUCCAAUAAGAUAAUGGUUUCAUUAAGAAUUUUAUGAUGCUCUUCCUGAAAUAGAAGUCAAUAGAAAUUUAAAGAAUUGUUAAUAUGAUGAUUAUUAUGCAAUAUUUGGUUAAGAAAUAAUGGAAAAAUUAUAAAAUUAAAAUUUGUUAUUAAUGGGUGUUGGUGGUUUAGGAAAUGAAUAUCUUAAAAUAUUUUGUUUAAUGGGUAUUGGAAUUGGAUAAAAAGGAUAAUUGAGUAUUAUUGAUGAUGAUCAAAUUGAAUUAUCAAAUCUGAAUAGAUAAUUUUUAUUUAAUAAAAAUCAUAUUGGUUCUAAUAAAGCUAUUGUAGCUAGUGCAAUGAUCAAUUAGAUUAAUCCAUCUAUUUAAUGUAAAGCAUAUCCAUAUAAUAUGUAAAAAGAAAAUGAAUAAAUUUUUAAUUAAUCAUUUUGGAAUAACAUAGAUUUAACUGUUAAUGCUGUUGAUAAUAUUAGAGCUAGAAAUUAUAUGGAUUCUUAAUGUUGUUAUUAUAGUAAACCUAAUUUUGAAAGUGGAUCUGAGGGUACAAAAUGUCAUUCUUAAGUGAUUCUUCCAUUUUAAACAGAAUCAUUUAGUGAAUUUAGAGAUUUUCCUGAAAUAAGUAUUCCUAAAAGUACAUACUUAAAUUUUCCAUCUAAUACUGAUCAUAAUAUUGAAUGGGGUUUAGAAUAUUUAAAAAAUAUAUUUGAAUAAUCUUCAAAUAAUUUAUUUAAAUUAUAUUAAAAUCCACUGACUUUUUUGAAUUAAUUUUAUAAUUAGCAUUAAAAUCAAAUUAUUUAUUUAAAAGAUCAACUUUAAUUUAUUGAAAAAUAUUUAUUAAUAUUUAUCAAUCCUAUAUUAGAAAAUAUAGUUAGAUUUGCUAAAAAUUUAUUCUAUUACUUAUUUAAUAUUAAGAUAAAAUAGCUUUUAAAUAGUUUUCCACCUGAUUAUGAAUUACAAAAUGGCAUAUUAUUUUGGACAAACCCUAAAAGAUUACCUAAACCAAUAGAAUUUGAUUCGAUAGAUCCACUUCAUUAAUAAUUUAUUCAUAGUGUAGUAAAUAUAGCUAUAAAAAUAAUUGGUUAACCAUUAUAAAUUGAUUAAGAAGAGAUAUCAGUUAUUAUUAAAUAAAAUCAUCCAAUAGAUAAAGAAAUCUUUGAAGUUGAAAAUAAUAAAAUUAAUGAGAAUGAAAUUAAAUAAUAAGUUGAUAUGCUCAAAACUAAAUUAGAUAAUUUAAUUUAACAGAAUUUAACAAAUUUAUAAUACAUCAAACCUUUUUCAUAUUAAAAACAUAAAUUGAACUAUAUAGAGUUAUAGUUUAUGACAUCUGCUGCCAAUCUAAGAGGAAUUAAUUUUAAUAUUCCUUCAGUAACUAGAUAACAAGUUAGAGAAAGAGUAGAUCAAAUAAUUCCUUAAUUAAUAACAACAAAAGCUGUUAUAACUGGUAUUGUAGGUAUUGAAAUUCUCAAAUAUAUUCUAUAAAAGAAUAUUAAUUUAAUUAGAAAUACUUACAUUAAUCUUGCCUUAAACACAUUUAUUUUUGCUCAACCAAAACCUCCAUUUUAAAAUGUAGAUCUAGAAUAUAAUUAUUUAAUUUGUGAUCGAACCAUUGCAAUCCCAAAAAGUAUUAUUUUAUUAAAUAUUUAGAUUGGACUGCAUGGGAUAUAAUUAAGAUUAACAAGAAAAUGACAAUAGGGGAACUUAUAAAAUAUUUUGAACAGAAUUAUAAUGUAGAUGUUUAAUUUUUAGGAUUCAAUCAUCAUAUUAUAUAUUCUAAAUUUAAACCUUAAACUUAAGAUUUGUAUAAAUAUUAAUAAGACUUUUAGAUUGACAAAAGAUUGUGCUGAAGUAUAUGCUUAGGUUUCUAAAAAAUAAUAACCUGAAGAUGAAAUUAAUUAUAAUGUAAUAUUGGAUUCCAAUUUAAUAAUAAAUGGAUAAGAAGUAAGUGUUGAUUUUCCACCAAUUAGAUAUCACUAUAAAGUUUGA